UCCUCUUUCUCUCUCUUCCUCUUUCUCUCUCUAUCUCUCUCUCUACUACCCUCCCCUCCACUCUCUCUCUCUCUCCUUCCCCCUAUCGAUCCAUCUCUCCUGCCCCUUCAGAAACCCUAACCCUAGCCCGAUCUCUCUCCCGCGGCCCCUCCUCUCCGCCUCCGCCGCGAUGUCGGGCGAUUCGGCCCCGGCGCCGCCCGCCGCCGCCGGAUCCUCGCCGGAGAUCCGCCCCCCGCAGCCGGAGCCCGCCGCCCUCGCCCCGAGGAAGGCGCGCUUCCCGCGGGCCUGCACCUCCCGGCCGGCGGCGCCGAAGGCGCCGGCGCCGCCGCCGGAGCGCCGGAAGUCGGCGCGGAGGGAGAAGGAGGAGCAGAAGCAGGCCAGCAGCCGCGUGAUCACGCCGCUGGUGCCGGAGCCGGCCCCCGCCGACCUCCCCCGGUGGGACCUCCGCUCCAUGUGGGAGCUCGCCUCCGUGCUCAACUUUCUCCAUGUUUUCAGGCCGCUUCUCAACGUUGCGGUGGAGUUCUCCGCUGAGGAGCUCGAGACGGCGCUGAUUACCCCCAACAGCACGCUGGACGACGUUCAUAUGCCUCUCCUGAAGGCAAUCCCUCCUGUAACCCGGAUGGCUCUAGGACGUGCAACCUGGGUUACAGUAUUGUGUAGGAAGUUAAAAGACUGGUGGUAUUGGGUUGCGGAAGGUGAAAUACCAAUUGUUGCAUCUCAUGGUGCGGAGAUCGAAACAUACAAGACGCUUGAUCCUGCAACUCGUUUGCUGAUCUUGAAAGCAAUAUGUGACAUCCGUGUUGAGCAAGAAGAUAUUCGAAAUUAUAUUGAAGAUUCUUUAAAACAUGGUACUCAUCUUUCGGCAUUUCGUAAAGAGCGGAUAGGGGGCGAUGCCUAUGGAGUUUCCUACUGGUAUGAAGAUGAUCCAAUUAUUGGUCAUCGACUUUACCGUGAAAUCAGAUCUGUUGAGGCAAAGAAGUUGAAAGCAAAAGGAGUUUCAUCCCGUCCACUUGUAUCUUAUCGGUGGGAAACAGUUGCAACCAACUUUGAUGAAUUUCAAGAAGUUUCGGAUAAACUUUUUUCUAGUAAGAAUAGGACAGAAGUGUCACUUGGGAAGAAGUUGAAGAUCGACUUUCUUCCCGAUAUUGAGAAGAUUCACAAAAGGAAAGAAAGGUUGUUGAAAAAACAACAAAGGGAAGCCCUUCUUCUUGACAGCUAUUUGACGGCAGAUGGGCUUUCCUCAGGUCGCUCCCUUCGUGAUAGGAAACCUGUCACGUAUACAUUCGAUGAUUAUGACCGUUCAAUUAACGAGGCUAUAAAAAUAACCAAGAAAAGGCAGAACUCACCAGAAAAUGUUGUUAGAAGAGUAGUGCCAAAACCUGAAGGAUCAACUAACGGUAAACCAAAUGGUCCAUCCCUAGUAGCUCAUGAGUCCUUUGAUGCACCCUCGCCUAAAUCAAAUGACUAUGAAGAAUCAGACGGAGAACAAGAUGAGCAUCUUGAUCGCAGCAACCGGCGGAGAAAGCGUCCUCAAAGGUACUCUGAGGACUUUGUCGAAGCUGUUUCGGAUAUCGAUGCGGGCUUCGACAGUGAUGAUGAUAUAGUAGGUGAAGCCGUUUACGACGAGGAAUACCUUAGAAGCCGGAAGCAACAGAAGGUCUCAAGUGCUUCCGAGGAUGAUGAGGAGUAUAACGGCGAGGGAGAAAAUGCCGAAGAUGAUGAAGAAGAAGAGGAAGAGGAAUACUCUUUGAGCACUAGUGAAGAUUUAGAAGAUAAUCGCCGGUACAAGAAGUUACCAACUCGAAGCAGGAGAGCAACGAAAUUGAGGUCGGUCGACGAGCUCCAGACGGGCCUUAGGCGCAGCAAGAGGGCCACCCGCCUCCGCGUUAACUACCGGCAAUACGAGCUGUCGGAUACGGAACAAUCAGAUUCCGGAAAGAAAGGCAAAUCCAAUGAAUCGGAUGGCCAUUCGGAUGCCACUGAUGAUAUGGAGCUUUCUACGGCGAGCCAAGAUCAAGAAGAUGACGAAGGGAGCGAAGAAGUACGUACAGAUGUUAAAGUAAUUCAGAGCUUCCCAGAUGAUGUUGACGAGCAGCAUCAGCAGUUCCAGCACCAGGAGGAAAAAGAGAAGACCGAUGCCCCGGCCGAAGAGAGGAACAGUGUGGAAAGAAGGUUUUUAGAUUUGAAUGAGCUCGCCCCGGGUAGCGCUUUCGACGACGGCCCUAGCACAGACAUAAAAACCGACGACAUGGGCAACGUAUAAAGCAUUUCCCUAAGGCUUCUGCAUCAGUAUUUCCUAAUGAAGUCUCUCUGUCCCGAUCUGAGGGUUUUGAUGGGUGUUCAAAGAGGUGGGCUGGGGCGGAAGGGAAUGUAUUACUAUCGUGUUAUUAGCGGAGGGGCGCGGCAGAGAAAAUUGAACUUGGCGGCGAGCUUCUUAUAUACAUUGGGGCCGGAUUCUUUAUACUGGGUCCCAGGUAUCUUACAGAUUGAAGUGGUGGGUGGGUUGCAGUGUUAGAGGUGGGGAGGAAGUUGUUUAUUUGGUUGUAUCUUAUUUUACAUUCUGGAUGUACACUACACUUUUAUGCUGAUUUUACAGCCAGAUUUCUGGGAGUUGAAUUGCUGCCAACCCCUUUUCAGUUAGGCGUUACUGUUCAAAAAAUGUAGCUGCGGAUGUACCUUUAACAUGGUCUACGAGAGCGAAAAAAACUUGUUCUUUUUAUUUGUGUU